CGUAUGGGUACACCUUACUACCUAAAGCCAUAUACCAAAUGAACGAACGAACGAACUGUGUUCGUACACAUCUUAUCUCAUGGAAAGAGUCUUUUGUUCGCCUCCGUGGCGGUUGGAUGUGGUUCUUGUAGCUACGCAUAUUUUUUGAUCGCGGGGACUGCGUACGCGUUGUCCCCGUUUUUCUUUCUACUUCAUAUUACUGGGAAAUGGCGUAUGGACAUUGCUGAAUGUAGUCCGGAGCCAUAUAACGAAUAAAAAAAAAAUUAUCUCAUGGAAACGAUGACUGGCGUUGGAGCAGAACUGUUCUGCUUGAAGCCAUCUAUUGAACUAUGAACUGUGUUCGCACGACAGUGUGUUUUGAAAUAUUUCAUGCCAUUGUACGAUUGUCUGUGAAUUUGUCUCUCUGAUGGCGUCUCCCGCUCCAAAAUCACCCGAAUUAUCUGAAAAAGCUCGCAAAUAUGAUAGACAACUAAGAUUAUGGGGUGAUCAUGGACAAGCAUGCUUAGAAACUGCUCAUAUCUGUGUUAUAAAUGCCACUGGACUUGGUACAGAAAUUUUGAAAUCGUUAGUACUUCCAGGCAUCGGAGCUUUUACCAUAGUUGAUGGCAAAAAAAUUACCGAUGAAGAUGUAGGAGCUAAUUUCUUUCUAGAAGCAGAUAGUAUUGGGAAAUCAAGAGCACAGGUGGCUACUCAGAUGCUUUUAGAAUUGAAUCUUGAUGUAACAGGUGAUUAUAUUGAUGAAGAGCCUGAAGAAAUUUUAUCCAAUAGUCCAGAUUUUUUCAACAACUUUACAGUGGUUGUAGCUACUUCACUGACUGAGAAAACAUUAAUCCUGUUGUCAAGAAGACUUUGGGAACUGAAUAUUCCUCUGAUAGUAUGCAGGAGUAUAGGAUUUAUCGCUUAUAUGCGGAUUCAAGUAAAGGAGCAUACAGUUGUAGAAUCACAUCCAGAUAAUGAAACAUUGGACUUGCGUCUAGACAAACCAUUUGACAGCUUAAAGAAACAUUUAGAUUCCAUAAAUCUUGAUGAAAUGAGCUUCAAGGACCACUGUCAUGUACCAUAUCUAAUCAUUUUGUAUAAACUUGUGGAAAAAUGGGUUUGUCAGCAUGGCACAUUACCAAAGACCUACAACGACAAGCAGGAGCUCAAGCAGAUGAUACAGAAUGACAUGAGACGCGAUGAGAACGAUUUGCUCAAUAGUGAAGAGAAUUUUGAGGAAGCUAUAAAAGCUGUGAAUACGGCCGUUAGAUCGAGUGACAUUCCUGAUCACGUUAAGAACAUACUGAACGACGAUUGUUGCAUUAAUUUGACGGCAAAGAGCAGCUCCUUCUGGAUUAUCGCGAGGGCGGUGCGUGAUUUCAUUGAUAACGAAGGCGGCGGGUUGCUGCCACUCAAAGGCGCUCUACCCGAUAUGACUGCCGACACUGAAAAAUAUAUUACACUACAACAAAUUUAUCAUAAGCAAGCAUCAGCAGAAGCAGAAGCUGUAUGGCGGCGUACUUUGCAGUUGCUACGUCAACUGGGGAGACCAUCGGACUCGAUUCUAGAGAAAGAUGUCAAGAUGUUCUGCAGACAUGCAACUGAUAUUCAUGUGGAGAGAGGAAGUUGCAUCGCGGACGAAUAUGACCCCAAGGUUUUUGAUACUAAUACUAUAGUUCAAAAUUUAGAGAAUCCCGAAAGUAUGAUGAUUUAUUACGUUAUGCUACGUGGAGUAGACAAAUUCCAAGCGGAGUAUAACUCGUAUCCCGGCGAGUUUGACGAUCAAGUGGAGCCUGAUAUCGUGAAACUUAAAACUUGCCUCACGAAAUUGUUAAGUGAAUGGGGAUGUGGACCAUUGGCCAAAGACGAUUACGUGCACGAGUUUUGCAGAUUCGGUGGUGCGGAACUGCAUUCCGUCUCGGCAUUUUUAGGUGGUCUCGCAGCGCAGGAAACUAUCAAAUUUAUCACGAAUCAGUAUAAACCUAUUCACAAUACCUUCAUCUGCGAUGCCGUCACAUCGAAUUCCGGAACGUUCUUUUUUUAAAACAAACUGUUACAUGAGAAGAAUAUAUUUAUGUUUCAAUCAAAAAUGAUAAUACAAUUUGAUAAUGCGUAUUAGUUUUAUGAAUUCUUUCUUAGCUUAUUAUCUUAAAUCAAUUAUUAUUUUAGAUUAAGAUAGUUCCCUGGGGGAUGUUAAUAUUUCUACUACCCUAUUUCUCUUGUCUUUCAUAAUUCAUCUCGCGCGUUAUUGAGUCUUUUUCAUCAACAUUAAAUCAAAAGAUGUUCCACUAAAGAAGGAAAAAAAUAUAUGACAAAAACAGGUUUAAAAAAUCAAUACAUUUG